ACGACACGAUGUCUUUCUUGGGAUCACUUCGAGCUGUCGCCGCCCCUAGGCUUGCCGCAAAGUCAUCGCUGCGCGCUGUGGCUGCCCCGGCUAGGGCUGUCGUUGCGCCGAGGGUCGCUGCUCCUAUGAUGGGUGAGUUUCAUGAUGAAUGGGAAAUGAGAUGAAAGGCGACGGGUGGGCCAAGAUUUGCAGCUUCAGAGAUGCUUGCGAGCCUUCUCUCCGAGCGAAACAAGCUUCAGAGAGCUUGAUGGGCGUCAAAAAGUCGCUCAAUGAGAUGUUGGAGGUGGAUCUUUCUCAGUCAACUUCAUCUUCUCAUCUUCUCGGUCGGCGGAUUGGCGAGCAAAGCAUGCCUCUCGAGCCUCCAACUUCUUCGUUGCCGUCACCAUGCUAAUCACCGUUUCCCUACUUCUCCAUCUCGUACAGCUCGCUCGUACGCCUCCCACUCGCAGGACGACGAGUCCUUCGAGUCUUUCACUCAGCGCUACGUCGGCUUCUUCACCUCAGUCGAAGACCUCUUCGAGCUGCAGCGUGGCCUCAACAACUGCUUUGCCUAUGACCUCGUCCCGGCCCCCGAGGUCAUCGAGGCAGCCCUCAAGGCCGCUCGCAGGGUGAAUGACUACUCGACUGCUGUCAGGGUAUUCGAGGGGAUCAGGGAGAAGGUCGAGAACAAGAGGCAGUACGAGCAGUACGUUGAGGCGCUCAAGGAUGUCAGGGAGGAGUUGGGCAUCACCCUCAGGGAGGAGCUGUAUCCGACUUCGUCGUAAAGCCGACGCGGAGGGAAAUUGAUGUGGGAAAUGUUGAGGAGCUAGGCACGUCUGGGAACGGGAAGAAUGGCAGCGGCCAAGCUAGAGAGCGCUUCGAUGCGCUCAGCAGAGGCGCCUUUACGUGCGCCGUGGAGCAAAGGUGCUGCGGUGCCGCGAGCAAAAGCCUGGGACGGGCAGGCAAGGAGAGCGUUGGCAGAGGAGAGGG